CGGAAAUGAAAGUAAUCGUAAGCUCACUCAGAACGGCUGUGGGCACUUUAGGAUUUGUAGAUAAAACAGUCGUGAAGCUGUAAAUGCACAACCCGAACGUUUCCGAGGCCGACAAAGUGGCUGUUACAGCAGAUAACUUUUGUCUUAUAAUGUGCGAGUGUGGCUCGAACGGAGCUGUCGCAGAGAGUGUUGCAGAACGGUUUCCGAUUGAUGCACUCUCGGUUGGCCUCGCGCCGUUUCUUGGCUAGACAGAAUAGUUUUCCAAGCGCGGGUUGUGCGUACCAAGUUGUUGACAGCCGCUUUGUCGUGUCACUGGUGUUCACAUGGCAAAUGUCGACGGCAGUGUUUACAGCCAAGUGAUCGCUUAGGCGCGAUGUCGCGAUUUGGAAUAGUUCCUGUCUUCGACGUUAAGCAGCUCGGCUCUUCUGAUCACGACGCAAAAGACCGUCUUCUGACAGCGCUUCAAGAGGCUAUAAAGCAGGUACAGAAUGUUGCAGAGCCUGCUGGCACCAAUAGUAUGACAGAAGACACUCCAGAGGUUUGCUGGUUAUGUGAGCACCUUGACAGCGUGUUUCUCUAUGGCCUGCAAGAGCCUCAGUGGGGCUAUUGGCCAUGGGUGCGCAAGUUCACCCACCCGGCGGCUCAGCAGGACAUUGCGUCUCUGUCGGCCGUGUCCACCGACCUUGGAUACGGCCGUGCUUGGCUCUUGGCCAGCCUGAACGGAGGACUGCUGGAGAGCUACAUGCUCUCGUUCCGCCAAAAUUUGCGGCUGCUGCGCAAGGGCUACUCAUUGAACUCCCUUCUCAGGGACCCUCAGUACUUGGACCUGCUUGCCACCUUGCUGUCAGGAUUGGAACAUAUUUCUUUCAAUCUGAACCCGAACAAUGCACUGCUGGAUGACACUAAUGCCUGGCCAAAGAUCAUAUCAUUUCGCCAGUCUUUACUCCAUGCGGACGACGAUGUUGUGGUGCUACCUCAGGGAGUGUCUGUGAUGACCAUAUCAUCAACGGAAAGUUCGACCAGCUCUCGGGAGGAUGACUCGGGAAUCCACAGUGUUCGUGUGUCUUGUGCCACGCUGUCUUCUCUGGCAUCACCUGCGGAAGAAGUGCAUGUCCCCGAGACUUGUGGUUGUGCUGAGUGUGCCGCGUUUCUGGACCGACAGCGCAUUCAAAGGAUCAUCAACUUAGAUGUUGUCCCACCAUCCUCUGGUGACUGUAAUGAGGCUGGGGAUGUAGAGCUUGAGGUGACGCGAGUUGUGAUAAUGAGGCGCAAAGGGGUUGGCCAGAGUGCUACUAAGCCAAAAAAAUUAGUGUCAACGUGCGGGAGUGAAGUUGUGACAUCAAUGGCUGGCGAGGCAAAAGAUGUUGAUAAGAAGGCGUGUGCUGUGAAGGGGCAGGCCCUGGCUCAAGCAGAAAAGCAGCACCUCUUGCAAGAAGCCCCAUCAAGUGAGAAAGGCGCGACUGGAUGUUUUGUGCCGUUAACUGAGUCAGCUGUUUCGAUGAUAGACUCUGGAUGUUAUGCAUUUGUGGAAGGUGACAGAGGUGCCCCAGAUGGCUGUGAAGAAAGUGCGGCCGAUGAAGUUAAGCUAGAAGACAGACCAACAGAUGUCAGUGAACAGAACGAGGAAGUGUUUUCUAUUUACGAUCACAUUGACAAGUGUGCCUCUGGUACGACAUCCAAUGCAGGCGAUGACAGUGGGUCUUCUGCACACGAAAAGCCGGUAGAGCCUUCAACCUCUGCUGUACAAGAAAAGCCAGCAGAGCCUUCAAACUAUGUUGAACCAGAACUACUUGUGGAGACAAGCAAAAAAGAAGGAUUUGAUAUCAAAGUGGAAAAUAGUGCCCUUCUCUAUUUGACUCUCAAGAUAUUUGAAUCGGAUGAAGAGAAACUGUAUAAGAUGUUUCUGGCAUGGAAGUGUUUUGAUGGAAGAGGACUGCUGGAGCCUAUUUAUGUCCUGAUGACAAACAAACUUCUGUACAUACUACGGCCUGGGGAGGAGGCGGCCCAGUUUGUUGUCGACUUUUCAGUGUGCCUCAGUGAAAUCAAAGUGGUCACCGUUUGGCUGAACUACCAGGGUUUCUCCCUGACUUGCAACUCAGGGAAAAAGACGGAUGUGGCCACUGGCCAUGCUGAGCUUACAAGGAACAUUCUCUCAAGCUUGGAUCUAGCCGUUCGGAGAACUCACAAUGGUUUCAAGUGCCUUCCAUCUAUAGUGAGCCACUGCUCUGAACAGCUAGAUGCUUUGAAGAAGCUCUUGGCCCAUGAGUUGAAAGCCCAAGAGGAUGGUGGGCUCAUUGUAAAGGACUACCACUUGGUGCAUUGGGAGAAGUGCAUCCAGUCCUCACCAGGUGAUUUUGCAUGUGGGCCCAGUGUGGGCGGUCCCCUCAUGUGGAGAUUCCUUGAAGGGAACACCAGGCGAGAGAGAAAGAAGCACUGGAAAGCUGGCUACUUCCUGUUGCGAGCUGGGGUCCUGUACAGGUUCUCAAAUCAAGGGGACACCAUACCUAGUGCCACUUACCUUGUCAGCGGCGUCCACUGUGGUUCUUGCCAGGCUGUUUCCAAUGUCGGCCGGCCGCAUGCCUUGCAGCUGAACCUGGCUCCUUCUGGUGGUGCCUGCCUUCAGCUCGCUGCUUCCAAUGAGGCAGAAAUAGAGCGUUGGGUCCAUGCACUCACUGAAUCUGGGCAAGCCUCCUUCUGUGGGUCUGGAUCAAUGGGUGGCAUGAUGGCCUGCUGCCUAGUAUUGGUGGGUGACCUCGUGUUGACCUUGGUUGAGGGGUCAAAAGUCUUGGGCGUUGGAGUCAUCAUUGACCUCAGUGUGGUGCACAGUGAGAACAACUUCUGCAUUAUGGAGUUUGAUGGGGGCGAGGCUGAGAGCUGUGCUUACAAUUGGAUCUUAUGGUUUGCCACGGAAGAAGAAAAGAAUGAGUUCCUCAGCAUUGUCUCCCUUUCUUGGCAAGAAAUGUUCCAGGUUCCUCUGGAGGUUGCUCCCAUGCCCAGCGGCACGCUGAGGAAGCACUGCCUUGAGAGAGCCUCUCAGCUUGAAGCAAGGCUCAACGAGGCCAGGGAGUUUUGUCUUGACAAUUGAAGUUGCAGCUUUCAGAUGCUCACAGCAGCUUGCUUGCAAGGCUCCUUAUAAUUUUUUAGUUUUAUUGUUCGUAUGGAAAGAACUUUUAAGAUGGACUUGGUCAAGUGAGAAGGAGUGCAAUGCGAGCAUUUGUUAAGAAAGAGGGCACAAGUGUGGAUGAGGUAUUGCCUUUUUUUUUAGCCAGAAUGGUCACCUGCUUAGCACGAUUGUGAUAUAACCUAUUUUGUGAUGAUUUGCUAUUGGUGGAAGCAUUGCACAGAUGAUGAGGAACAGAAAUAGAGAAUACAUUACUGUGCUGUCUCAUUCCUCAAUCUAUUCUCCUCUUUUGGUGCUCUGCCGAUGUCAGUGAUGAACAUGCACGAGAAAAUAUUUGUGUUUUCAUUCCCACUUUUUAGUUCUGUGUAGGAAACUGGACAGCUGUUUAAUCACUGUGCAUGCGGUCUCGGGGCACAGUUGAUACAGUGAAGAUUAGUUGCUUGUUGAGUGUAUGGUAGUAUUAACUUUCAAGGGCCAUGCAAGAGAGGAAUGUGGUUCCGGCAUCUUGAGGAAGUGUAGACUGAAGAGUGCGACCUGUUUUCUUUGGUUAUCUCACUCUUUGCAGUAGACAGCUGCUGCUAGAGAGCAGGACUGCUUAAGCAUUUGCUAAUUAAUACUGGUGUAGCUUGGGUUAGGACUAGUAAGCAGAAUGUACAAAUGCCUAAAGUUUCACAAAGUCUUGGCUUUGCUUGAUUGUGAUAGGACAGGUUGGAUUGCAAUGUAGGUUUAGUGCUUGUUGAUGGUGUCUCUAUGACAUUUAUGCAGAUCAGCUCUUCUGUUGUUCUUUCAAGAUGUGUGAGCUACUAAGUGCGUGCUGCCCGCGUGUGCACUUUCACGAAGCCGUGGAUGCAAUUCAUGAUUGCAGGGCAUGUGAUGACGAGCGGUAGUUUCGUUUUGAGUGUGAAGUCAAAAACAUAUGGCGGAAUUUUUUCGGAAGAUCGAGAUAAUGCCACGGCCCGAACGUGGAUCAAACCCACUGGCAGCAUCAUGGUAGAUGAGCGAUCUGUCACUUCGCAUUUUUCAAUAAUGAUAAAUUUGGUGGGAUGAUCGUGUGGUGACAGAAAACGCAUCUUCAAUGGAGACACGGUUGUUUCAAUGCGACCGUGCGCUCCGAACGUCACAAGCAGUUGAGAAAUGGCCGAGUUUAUAGUGGAACUAGGCAAGUUCCUUCUCCCUACGGGGUAGUAUUAGCAAAAACUUUGUUGAAGGGUAAAUAUAGAGGAAAAGUAUUCGUUGUGACGAGAUAUUUUUCACAUUGUUCUCUAUUGGCGGGUGACAGGGAAUCAAAAAUUAUUCAUUGUGGUGGAAAUUUCAUUGUAGCAGACUUCGUUAUAGCAGGAUUCGACUGUACCAAAAACACGAUGUCUAAACCCAUAAAGUUGCUGAAAAUGCCAUUUAUGAAAAACUCAUUUAAAUAGUAAAAAUAAUAGCUUGUCUACGUGGCGAAGAUAUGCUUUUUAGAAUUAUUCUUCCAUCAUGAGAGCUUAGGAAUGACGCUUAUUUGGAGCAUGUGGCUUUGGUGACAUCCUCAUGCGAAAUGUAAUGGCAAGCAGCCAGGUGACAUUUUUCAAGGCACUUUAGACAAUGUGUUCUUUUUAUAAAGUCAUUUUAACCUAUUUCCACUUUAAAAAGAACCUUUAAUUUUUAUUAUUUGUUAUGACAGUAGAGCAACCAAUUUUGCAGUUUUCUGUAGCACUUUCUCUUAGGGGCAAGAAGCUGGCCAGUAAUCACUCAUGGGAUCAAAACCCAUGGCAUAAAAACCGUUUUUGUUGUAGAAGGUCUGAAAAUGUUAAAGGGGCCCAGUAACACUUUUUGAGCAUGGUCAGAAAACGCUGCCUAUCGGUAGUGGAGGCUGCCGACAACACCCGAGCCAAAUAUUAUAGCGCAGCACGCAGCCUGGAAUUCACAAUAAAUUAUUAAAGUCAUCUAAAAACUGCUUUCUCUUCUCUCGACAAAUCAUGGAAUAAGCCCAAAAAUUACUCGUAGUAAGCCCAUCUAUCAGCCAUUGGCUGAGCAUGGCGCGCGCGGUCGUUACAGAGAUCACCGCGAGAGGCCGCUAUUUAUCCACGCGUGCGUAUGCGAUCACACUGAAAAACCUGCGCAUUCGAAGAAAAAAAAAGGAAAAAGUGCUCAAGGUCAGGAGGCGCACGUGACGUUUUUUGUUUGCCCCUCUCAUCUCUCCCUGCUUAGCUUCCAGCGCUUUCGUCGGGACGAGAGGAGAGAGAAUGCGAUUGCAGCAUGUGACAAAUCUUUGUAACUCCGUUCGUACUGGACAGAUUCCUAACGUUUUUGCGGCAUUGAUUUUUUGAGGCACUACACUUUUCCAGUGAAUUAAUUUCAUGGUUACUCAAAAAAGUGUUUCAGAGCCCUUUUAAGGAAAUCAGAGGAACUCUAUUUUCUGCUCGCCUCAGUGAUGAGCACUACCUUAAAGCAGAGUAAUGGAACGGAAUCUUUCCUAACUUAAUCAUGUCGUGCAAGUUUGAAGUGAUAAUUAGUGUUAGUCAAAGUGGAAUGCAACUGCAAAAUGAAGGCACCCAUGCACAGAAUACUUGUUAUAUUUUGGGGGCCAGUGGGAAAUAGUGAGCUUGAAGGAGUAAUUGAACAAAACUUUGACGGCAAGAUAACUUGUGAGAUAGAUUCGUGUGGGCAUGCACACAUUAUCCAAUAAACAUCAACGGCUAAUAUAACUUGGAACAUUUAAAAUCAAUACUGAAGUGUGUGCCGUUAACCUACCUGCACACGAAAUGGAGCACCUUGCCACAUAGACACCAACUCGGUUAAAGUGUAAGCAACUGACAACCACCUACAUCAUUGUCUUGUGUUGGCAGCCAUGCUUCUUUCAUGCACUUUCCUGCAGUUGUCAACACUGCACCCAUGUCUACACAAUGACACGCUCGGUGCAUGUGACGAGUGUAUUGUUUUGCAUGCUCUUGUGGCCAAUGGUGUUUACUAACUAACCCUCACUGGCUCACCCUCUCUCAGAAAUUCCCGACUGGGCACUUGUAAAAGCGUCUCCUAAUGGUAGUUUACGUUACGUGCUCGAGCAGACGCAGCUUCCAGCUGUGAUCAGCAGAUUGUUAGCUGCAUACUGCAACAGAAAAAUAAAGAUGUAUAACUUUUGUGCCAGUACUAUUUUUAAGAACUUAUUUAAGAUAGGCCCUCUUGGCAUUUAUGUACUCUUGGGGUCACUCGUAAUCAUCAGCAACUUGAUAUUACUGAAAGAAAACAACAGAAACUUAAAGUGUAGCAUACAAUAAAAGCAGAGAAAGCUUUGGAGAAGUUAAUUGAGCACCCAAGCAAGUGAGCGAGAUGUAACAGUGGCCGGUAUGGCUGCACUGGAUACUGCAGCUGCUAUGGCUUUCACCUCUAACUACGGCAUGGCCACAUCAGCUGCUGUCUUGUUUCUGUGCACCAUUUAGUAUUGAAGUCAACAAGUGGUAUAAAAAAAAAUAAGUUAUACACACCUGUUGUUGCAGUGGGCACCCUUCUUAUUUAGGCAAAAAGCCUACUAGAAUUCCCUGGCCUGGCCACUUGGUUGUGACUUUUCCGAGCACCCUUGUUGUGGGUUGCUUAAUUUUGAAUCAGCACACUAAAAAAAGAAAACUUGUGGCUGAACAGCACUGAAAACCGGAACGAGCACACAGGACAUGGUGCUGCACACAGGACACGGCUGCAUACUGGCUGCUCUUCAUUCUGUUUUUUUGUGCUCUUUUGCGUGUUUUGCUACUGUGAUUGUUUUUUUUUUUUAACAUUAAACUGUUCUGCCACAAUGUUCAGGGACCUACUAGCCCACUUAAGAGCACUUGUUUUUAGCUUGUUCUCUGCUUAGGACCUCUUUGAGAGUUAUGGCACUAGUUUAGUAGCGGUGUGCAAUGUUUGAAAAUUUCGAAUAAAGAGUUGAAUAGCA